AUUUCGGGGCCCGACGCAGCGCGUUCGUUUCUGUUCCGUUGCCGCCGCAGCCGCCGUCGUUUGCCCACCAUCAUCAGUGUUCCCGUCGUAUCGAACCGCUUAUACCGCGGCGCAGCGCACAAGACACAAGUUCAUUUACCGUAUAAUAUUAUUGUAUACGCUCAACGUUCUUUCGACUCUCCGUCUCGUUUGGUUCACGAAUGUACGUCAACUUACAGAUGAUCACGCAGUAACUGCAAACUGUUUCGUUUCGUUACUCUAGCCCAGUUGUGACGACGACUAUUAUGUGAACUUGGCGUGUGUCUACUACAAAGAAUAGUCAGCAACGCCACCGCAGAACAACGCAAACGACAACACGCACAUCACACGCUUCAUCGUUUUGGUAUAUAAUAAUAUACUCUGUCGACGUAACCCGUGUUCUAAUCGAUCCGCACCGCUUUCAAGUUUCAAACACGACAAAUGGACACGGCUACGUUUUUUGUCGAGGGCACUUCCAAUCAGUUCGAGCAUGUACUCUCGCUGUACCCACAGGCCUUGCGAAUAAAAGCCGAGAGCAAGACGAAAAAGCCCGACGAGCUGAUCAAGUUGGACAACUGGUAUCAGAAUGAACUGCCUGGAAAAAUUAAGUCUAGAGGAAAAGAUGCACACUUAAACCAUGAAGAACUUUGCCAAUUAAUGAAAUGGAAACAGACCAGAGGAAAAACUUUUCCUCAAUUGAAUUACUUAAUAAAAGUGAAUACACCCCGUGCUGUUAUGGCUGAGACAAAGAAAGCUUUCAAAAAAUUACCCAAUUUAGGAUUGGCUAUUACAGCACUUAGUAAUUUGAAAGGUGUUGGAACCACAAUGGCGUCAGCUUUGUUGGCAGCUGCUGCACCAGACAAAGCUCCUUUUAUGGCUGAUGAAUGUUUAAAAGCAAUUCCAGCUAUUGAAGGAAUUGAUUAUACUGCUAAAGAAUAUUUGAAUUUUGUAGCUCAUAUUCAAAAUGCAGUUGAAAGGCUUAAUGGUGAAUGUAGUGAAAGUAUAUGGAAUCCACAUUCAGUAGAAUUAGCAUUGUGGACACAUUAUGUGGCUAAUGAAUUCAAACCUGAACUUUUAAGUAGUGUUCCAGAAGCUAUUAAGAAACCAAUUAGUGAACAAACCAAGACAGAUGCUCAUAUUAAUGGCAAUGUUAAUCAAACAAAGUUAGAUGAACCAACAUCUGAUGAAAGCAACCCUGAGCCUUUACCAUCUUCUAAUGGUCACCAAUUAACUAUUGAAGACGAUUCUCGUGACAAAUCUGAAGAUGAUAUCACCAACGACUCUAUAACAACAUCAGAAUCAGCUCAAACACCACUUGCUGAAGCUUUAACAGAAGAUUCAUCCAGUUUGCCGGCACCUGAUGAACCCCCAGUAAAAAAAUUUAAAAAUGAUGGCCAAACAGUGGCUGCAGAAGCCAAUGGCAAUUAAACUGGUUUUAAUUAAGCCAAGUUGAACACCAUAGGCUUAUAAUUUUAGUGACGAGUUAUUAUUGAAGUAAAAAUGUUUGAAACAAAAUACAUUAAUGAAGAAAUAACUCCAUAUUUAUCGGACUUUAUAAUGUAAUUAUAACUUACAGUUUUACAUUUUAAUUACAUAUAAAAUAUUUCAUAAUUUUUCAA